GGCCAACGUGCAUCUGCAGCCAAGCAUAAAAACAUGGGGCAUGUAACCGGACCAACCGUGACUGUGACGUGCUUCAAUCCAGGAAGUCGCCUCAAAGACAGAUCCCAAGAUGCAUUUCUGGACCACUGACAUAACAACCCAAGUGUCACAUUCAUCGCUACACUUUUCAGAUACCCAGGUUGUUUGGAAACUGGAUAUUAUUCCACAUAUAUAUCCGAAGACUUGUAUGAAGAUAUUAGAUUUCCUCUAUUUGCAGCAUAAGACGUGUCUCUAAAUUUAAAAAUAACGGUUUGUUUAAACUGUAAAAAAUCUAUGUGGAAUAUAAAAUUCAACAGAUACACCCUGGGGCUAAAGUGACACAAAUGUUUUUAUCACUUUGAGGAUUUAUCCCCAGUUCUAACCCUCCUUUAACGUGCCCCGUAAUUCUAGAAGAUGAAUCCAAACAGCCCCACUGGGCACUUCCUUAUGCUGCUAAGUACAAUGCUGAGCCUGAGUGCAGGGUUGGAGUUUACUGGCUCAGAAGGUCAGUGGGCUCGGUACCUGCGCUGGGAUGCUAGCUCCAUAAGUAACCUGUCACUUCAGUUCAAAACCUCCGAAUCGAAAGGCAUGCUGCUCUACUUUGACGAUGGCGGAUUCUGCGACUUUUUGCUUCUCGCUGUAUCUGAGGGUAAGCUUCAGCUUCGUGUAAGCAUCGACUGCGCCGAGACCACCGUCUCUUCUGAUAAAAUGGUCAAUGACAGCCACUGGCACUCUGCCGCUAUCAACAGGCACAAUUUGUGGACUGGCUUAACCGUGGAUGGCCGGAACAAGGCAGGAGAGGUUCGACCCCAGCGGCAGUUCAUGAAUAUUGUUAGCAACCUCUUUUUGGGAGGGCUUCCAGGGGACAUCCGCACUUCUGCCAUCACCUUGCCCUCCGUCCUUGAGAUACCACCGUUCAAAGGAAUUAUCACUGACCUCCAUUACGGGAGUAAGCUUCCUACGUUAAUCAAUAGUCAGAAGGUACGCUUGGAGAUGAUGGGCCUCUGCACGAGGAACCCUUGUGAGAAUGGCGGGAUCUGCUCACUGGCAGAUGGAGAAACCUACUGUGACUGCUCCAGAACUGGAUAUGUAGGUCGAUACUGCACUGAAGCAGUCAUGAGAAAACCAGGCCUCGCACACCUGAAGGCAGAACAAGCAAGGGACGAGAACGUGGCCACCUUCCGCGGAUCAGAGUACUUCUGCUACGACCUGUCGCAGAACCCCAUCCAGAGCAGCAGCGACGAGAUCACGCUGUCUUUCAAGACCUGGCAGCGCAACGGCCUCCUGCUCCACACGGGCAAAUCCGCCGACUAUGUCAACCUGGCUCUGAAAGAUGGGGCAGUUUCCCUCGUCAUCAAUCUGGGUUCUGGGGCCUUCGAGGCCAUAGUUGAACCAGUCAAUGGAAAAUUCAAUGACAACGCCUGGCACGACAUCAAAGUGACGCGCAACCUGAGACAGCAAUCAGGCAUUGGACACGCUAUGGUGACGAUCUCCGUUGAUGGGAUCCUCACCACCACCGGCUACACCCAGGAGGACUACACCAUGCUGGGCUCUGAUGACUUCUUCUAUGUGGGCGGGAGCCCCAGCACCGCUGACCUGCCAGGAUCCCCAGUUAGCAACAAUUUCAUGGGCUGCCUCAGAGAGGUGGUGUAUAAGAACAACGAUAUCAGGCUGGAGCUUUCCCGCCUCGCCCGCAUCGUCGACCCAAAGAUGAAGCUGCAAGGCGACGUGGUCUUCAAGUGUGAAAAUGUUCCCACCCUGGACCCCAUCAACUUCGAGAGCCCGGACUCCUACCUGGCCCUGCCCAAGUGGAACACCAAGCGCGUGGGCUCCAUCUCCUUCGACUUCCGCACCACGGAGCCCAACGGGCUGAUACUCUUCACCCACGGCAUGCCUCAGGACCGGCGGGACGUGAAGGGCCAGAAGAGCAACAAGGUGGAUUUCUUUGCGGUGGAGCUGCUGGACGGAGGGCUGUACCUGCUGCUGGACAUGGGCUCGGGAACCAUCAAGGUCAAAGCCACCCAGGCCAAGGUCAAUGAUGGAGCCUGGCACCACGUGGACAUCCAGAGGGACGGGCGUUCAGGCAUCAUCUCAGUAAAUAGCCGCAGGACGCCUUUCACAGCCAGCGGAGAAAAUGAGAUCCUGGACCUGGAAGGUGACCUGUACCUGGGGGGUCUCCCCAACAACCGCGCGGGCCUGGUGCUGCCCACCGAGCUCUGGACCGCCAUGCUCAACUACGGCUACGUGGGCUGCGUCCGGGACCUGUUCAUCGACGGACGCAGCAAGGACAUCCGGCAGAUAGCGCAGUCCCAGAAUGUGACGGGCGUCAAGUACACGUGCACCAAGACGACGGGGAAGCACUGCGACAGCAGCCCCUGCAAGAACAACGGCGUGUGCAAAGAGGGAUGGAACCGGUUCGUCUGCGACUGCACGGGGUCCGGCUUCUGGGACAGCACCUGCGAACGAGAGUCAUCGAUCUUGUCUUUCGAUGGCAGCAUGUACAUGAAGGUGGUGAUGCCAAACGCCAUGCACACCGAGGCCGAGGACGUCUCCCUCCGUUUCAUGUCCCAGCGUGCCUUCGGGCUGCUCAUGGCCGCCACGUCGCGCGAGUCUGCAGACACUCUGCGGCUGGAGCUGGACAGUGGGAGGGUCAAACUGACGGUCAACCUAGACUGUGUCAGGAUAAACUGUAACACCAGCAAGGGCCCUGAGGUUCUUUAUGCCGGACAAAAGCUCAACGACAACGAGUGGCACUCGGUGCGAGUGAUCCGCCGCGGUAAAAACUUCCGGCUCGUCGUGGACGACGACAUGGCUGAAGGUCAGAUGGCAGGCGAUCACACCCGGCUGGAGUUCAACAACGUGGAGACGGGCAUCUUGACUGAGAAACGCUUUGUCUCAGCUCCACCGUCACCGUUUAUUGGCCACCUUCAGAGCCUCAAAUUCAACGGCAUGCAGUACAUUGACAUGUGUAAGAAUGGGGACAUCGACUUCUGCGAGCUCAACGCACACUUCGGCAUGCGCUUCAUCGUGGCCGACCCCGUCACCUUCAAGACCAAGGGCAGCUUCCUGGGGCUGGCCACCCUGCAGGCCUAUACCACCAUGCACCUGUUCUUCCAGUUCAAAACCACGUCACCGGACGGCUUCAUCAUCUUCAACAGCGGGGACGGCAACGACUUUAUUGCUGUGGAGCUGGUCAAAGGGUUUAUCCACUACGUGUUCGACCUGGGGAACGGGCCCAGUCUGCUGAAGGGGAACAGUGACAGCUCGCUGAAUGAUAACCAGUGGCACAACGUGGUCAUCACCCGAGACGCCUCCAACACGCACACACUCAAGGUGGACGCCAAGUCAGUCACCCAGAAUGUCAACGGAGCCAAGAACCUCGACCUCAAAGGUGACCUGUUCAUCGGAGGUUUGGGACCCAACAUGUAUCAGAAUCUCCCCAAGCUGGUGGUUUCUCGGGAGGGCUUCCAGGGCUGCUUGGCCUCCGUUGACCUCAACGGCCGCCUGCCAGACCUCAUCAGCGAUGCCCUUUUCCGCACCGGGCAGAUUGACCGCGGCUGUGAAGUUGCUUUCACCAAAGCCGACCUGCAAGGCCCCAGUACAACAUGCCAGGAGGACUCGUGUGCCAACAUGGGUGUGUGCAUCCAGCAGUGGGAGAACUUCACGUGCGACUGCUCCCUGACGUCGUACACAGGGACCCACUGCAACGACCCUGGCACCACCUACAUCUUUGGCAAAGGGGGGGGCCUGAUCACAUACACGUGGCCCAGCAACGAGAGACCAAGCACCCGGACGGAUCGGCUGGCCGUGGGCUUCAGCACCACCAUCAAAGAUGGCAUCCUGGUGCGGAUCGACAGCGCCCCGCGUCUGGGUGAUUACAUCAUGCUGCAUAUUGAACAAGGCAAAGUGGGCGUGACGUUCAACAUCGGGACGGUAGACAUCAGCGUCAAGGAGACGACCACGCCAGUGAAUGAUGGCAAGUACCAUCUGGUCAGGUUCACCAGGAACGGGGGUAAUGCCACCUUGCAGGUGGACAACUGGCCGAUCAAUGAGCACUUUCCCACAGGCAACAGCGACAUUGAGCGCUAUCAAAUGGCAAAUAAGAAAAUCCCGUUCAAAUAUACCCGGCCAGUAGAAGAUUGGCUUCAGGAGAAAGGCCGGCAGCUGACGAUCUUCAACACGCAGGCCACCAUCUCCAUCGGCGGGAAUGACCGGAAGCGGCCGUACCAGGGCCAGCUGUCCGGCCUCUACUACAACGGCCUCAAGGUCCUCAACAUGGCCGCCGAGGGCCACGCCAACAUCCGGGUGAACGGCAGCGUGAGGCUGGUGGGCGACGUGCCCUCCAGCCGGGGAGCGGCCCGCACCACCACCUCGGUGCCGCCGGAGAUGUCCACCACCUUCAUCGAGACAACCACCACCCUGUCCACCACCACCACCCGCAAACAGCGCUCUCCACCCACGGUUCAGACGACGGACGACAUCGUCUCGUCGGCCGAGUGCUCCAGCGACGACGAGGACCUGGAGGAGUGCGACUCCGGACACACAGGAGGGGAGCUAGUCAUCCCCGUGCUAGUCGAGGACCCCAUAGACAUCCCUUCUGUAUCCACCCGUUCACCCUUCAUCCCCCUCCCCCCAACCCUCCGCCCCGUCCUCACCAUUAUUGAGACCACCAAAGAAUCCUUGGCCAUGGCCACUGAGGCGGGGGUGCCUUGCUUGUCGGACCGAGGCAGCGAUGAUGAUUGUGAUGGUGGUGAUGAUGGUGAUGAUGAUGAUGAUGAUGGCAUGGUGAUUUCGGGGUUUGGCUCUGGCGAAGCUUUCGACUCUAGCCUGCCCCCGACUGACGAUGAAGAUUUUUACACCACCUUCUCCCUGGUAACAGAUAAGAUCUUGACCACAUCCGCCUAUGAAGGUGGCUACAAAGCCCUCGCACCCAAGUGGGAAUCCAAGGACUUGAGGCCUAGCAAAGCCUCAGAGUCAGGUAGGACUACACCCACCUCGUCUCUGCCCGACAACCGGGGCACGCCGCCUGCAGCGGUGCCCUCAGACACGCCGCCCAAGCUGCCCGCAGGGAAAAUGAACAACCGCGAGGUAAAACCCCCGCAGCCGGACAUAGUCCUGCUGCCGCUGCCCACCUCCUUUGACCUGGACGGCACCAAGCCGCGGGGCCCCUUCAUCACCUCCCCCAUGCUGCGCACCGUGCCCGCCGCCCUGCCCACCAUGCCCAACCUGGUGCAGCGGGUUCCCACGGAGGUGAUCCGGGAGUCCAGCAGCACCACGGGCAUGGUGGUGGGCAUCGUGUCGGCCGCCGCCCUCUGCAUCCUCAUCCUCCUCUACGCCAUGUACAAGUACAGGAACAGGGACGAGGGUUCCUACCAGGUGGACGAAACGCGCAACUACAUUAGCAACUCGGCGCAGACCAAUGGCGCUGUGGUGAAGGAUAAAGCACCCAGCAGCAGCGCCAAAGGCAGCGCCAGUAGCAAGAGACCGAAAGACAAGGACAAGGAGUAUUAUGUAUAGAAAUCAAGUCAUUUUUCAACACAUAAAAAAACAAAAAUAGACUGUUUGGACCAAAGUUAUAAACACUUUGACAGUACCAUAUUGGCAACUGUGAUUUAAAAAGUACACAACCUAUUAGGAACUCAAGACUUGCUGAGUCACUGAAACAGCUACGAGAGGACUUCAGCUAACGAAGCACACUUACUAUUGUAAGCAUUACGAAGAGACAUUACAGCAGGACUCCGCCGGGACUCGGCGCAGACUUUUUUGAGGAGUCCCUGCUGGAGGCGUUUGGCCGUGUGAACAACAUCACUCUUGCGCCCACAUGACCCCAGGUGACUGUGAAGAGGUGUGUGAUCCUUGGAGCUCUGAUGACUUUGUCCAUUGUAACCCUGUAAAAUACGAUCACUGUCAUUUCGGCCGUUCUGAGCAUGCAUGUGAGGUGUAUGUGACGUGUUGCUGGCAUCUGUGUAAGUGAGGGACCUCAAGAAAACUAUGAUUGUCGGGAAAGUUGGAAGUCGAGACGUGAUCGCUACUCAAACGGUUUUAACUAAAUGUAGCGUUCAUGGAAGUGACAUGAGGUGAAGUCUAUGUGUACUUAAAGCUGUCUUUUUAUUUCUAUUUGUUGUUUGUUUUUGUUUUUAUUCACUCAUUUAUUUAUUGAACAUGCUUCUGUUUUUGAGGAACGUUGGGGCUCAGCAGGAUGCGACAGUUAGGCAUUUAGUCACUUUUCUCUCCGUCCCUCACGUCUCAGUUAAACGCUGGACUUCUACAUUUGUGAUGGUGUUCAAGUUUGUGAGAACAGAUCGGGAGGGCACAAAGUACAAUGCAUUGUCUUUUUUCUUUGAAUUUUAGGCAGAAUUUUGCAUCUGAAAAAGCAUUUCCCCUUUUUCCUUUUUGUUACAUUUUCUUUGAUACAUUUUGACAGAACUGAUCAUCUUUAUUUGUAUCUGGCAACGAUGUAAAUGUCACAGUCUGACUGUGUCAACAACAGUAAACAUGUUUACAUUUUAUUACAUCUAGCCGUCGUGCUUUGCAGGUCAAUGUGUACAGGAAAUUCAAGUUUGAGUUUUAAUUUUCUUUCGUUCAUGAUCCUGAUCAAGUGUAAAUCAGAUAAUUUGAUUUUCUGUUGUAGCUGAUUUUUUUUCUUCUAUUUUUUACUUUCUUUUGCCUUGGAAAUUGCACAGGAACGUUUGUUUAGGCAGAGAGAAAGUGGUGUGACUAGAAGGUGUUUCUCAACAGCCGCAUGGAUAUUUGACUAUUGGAAGCUGUCAAUCAAACGCCUCUGUCUGAUCUCAUGUGAGGGACUUCCUCUGAAGUUACUUUCAUCAUGUCAUUUAUUUUUUUAUUGGAAAUUAAAGAAAAGUACAAGAGAAUAAAACAGAUUAUGGUGAAUUUGGAAGUCUCUGCUAGCACCUUACUGACUUAAAGGUGGUAUUAAUUCAUUCAUUUUCUUUUUUUACUGUGACAUUAACGUCUCGUCUGCUCAGCUGUUGUUUUGCUUUAUUUUUCUGUUAUUGUAUAGUCAUGUUCCAGGAAUAUGUUUCUUUUUUUAUGUCAUUUAUUAAUGAGCCUAUUUUUUUCCUCAUUCAUUUUCAUGGAAAUCAGUUAGCGUGUAUGUUCACUUUUGUUUUUUUGUUUUGUUUUUUUUUGUGUUAGUGCUUUUUCAGCCAGUUAAUUAUUGUCUUAUGGUCCCUUGACUCCAAACAAUUC